AUGAAGGAUCAAUUGAUCUCGGAGCUGAAGGCGAGCAACGACAAACUUGUCGCAACCUACGACCAACUUAUCGCAAACUACGCCCGACUUGUCGAAAGUACAGAACAGGUGAUUGCGGAGGUGAAAGCACACCUUGAUCAAGUCAUCGCGGACAAGAGUGAAGUCAUCGCUGGGCUGCACUCAAGGUUAUUGGCUUUGCAGCCCCCAGUCGCCGCUCUGACUCAGCCUCGCCCGCGUCCUGAGUACGCUCCAGCCUCGCUUGCUGUUGCUGGCCCGCCGACCAUCAUGGCGUCUCAGUGUAGCGUACGCGACGCAGUCACGCAGAGCGUGUGCUCCAGGCGCUUGGACUCUCGCUAA